AGAGGGCAGGUCACUUGCCCAAGGUCACACGAGAGGCCGAUAGCUUCCAUCGCGACCCCCCUCCCCACUCGCUCAACCCCUCCAAUCCGCAGCCCUGCGUGCGGGGGCGCACGCAUCUCCCCUGUGGUCCGUCAGUCAGCCGGUCUGUCUGGGUGUCUACGGGGCUCAGCCCCGCACCCCUCCCCAGCCGCGGGCGCUGCGCAAGGAGAGACAAGGCAUUCGCAGCGCCCGGUCCGCGCUCACGCCCGCAACCGCCAGACGGCAGCGCUUGCGUCCACACCCGCCCCAGCCAGAGCGCGGGAGCCGCCGGGGCAAAGGCGCAGCGGCCGGCGGACGUCUCUCGCUGUCUCACUGCUCUCUGCGUUGGGGAAGCUAAGAGGGUGAGCCCAGCCACCGGCCCUCCAAGAUGAAGAAGCUCCAGGGAGCUCACCUCCGCAAGCCUGUCACUCCUGACCUGCUGAUGACCCCGAGUGACCAGGGCGAUGUCGACCUGGACGUGGACUUUGCUGCAGACCGGGGGAACUGGACAGGCAAGCUGGACUUCCUGCUGUCCUGCAUCGGCUACUGCGUGGGCCUGGGAAACGUCUGGCGUUUCCCCUAUCGAGCCUAUACCAAUGGAGGAGGAGCCUUCCUCGUGCCCUACUUCCUCAUGUUGGCCAUCUGUGGCAUCCCCCUCUUCUUUCUCGAGCUCUCCCUGGGUCAGUUCUCCAGCCUGGGGCCCCUGGCCGUCUGGAAAAUCAGCCCCCUCUUUAAAGGUGCUGGUGCAGCCAUGCUGCUCAUCGUGGGCCUGGUGGCCAUCUACUACAACAUGAUCAUCGCCUACGUCCUCUUCUACCUCUUCGCUUCCCUCACCAGCAACCUUCCCUGGGAGCAUUGUGGCAACUGGUGGAACACAGACCUCUGCCUGGAGCACAGAGGCUCUAAGGAUGGCAACAGGGCCCUGCCCUUGAACCUCACCUACACCGUCAGCCCCAGCGAGGAGUACUGGAGCCGCUAUGUCCUCCACAUCCAAGGCAGCCAGGGCAUCGGCAGUCCUGGAGAGAUCCGUUGGAACCUCUGCCUCUGUCUGCUGCUGGCCUGGGUCAUCGUGUUCCUCUGUAUCCUCAAGGGUGUGAAGUCCUCGGGCAAGGUGGUGUAUUUCACAGCCACAUUCCCCUACCUCAUCCUGCUCAUGCUGCUGGUCCGUGGAGUCACCCUCCCAGGGGCCUGGAAGGGCAUCCAGUUCUAUCUCACCCCCCAGUUCCACCACCUGCUGUCUUCCAAGGUAUGGAUCGAAGCUGCUCUUCAGAUCUUCUACUCCCUGGGUGUGGGCUUUGGGGGUCUUCUCACUUUUGCCUCCUACAACACGUUUCACCAGAACAUCUAUAGAGACACUUUCAUCGUCACUCUGGGCAAUGCCAUCACCAGCAUCCUGGCUGGCUUUGCGAUCUUUUCUGUGCUGGGCUACAUGUCUCAGGAGCUGGGUGUGCCUGUGGACCAAGUAGCCAGAGCAGGCCCUGGCCUGGCCUUUGUUGUCUACCCCCAGGCCAUGACUAUGCUGCCUCUGUCACCCUUCUGGUCCUUCCUCUUUUUCUUCAUGCUUCUGACCCUCGGCUUGGACAGCCAGUUUGCCUUUCUGGAAACCAUUGUGACAGCUGUGACAGACGAGUUCCCAUACUACCUGCGACCUAAGAAGGUGGUGUUCUCGGGGCUCAUCUGUAUCGCCAUGUACCUGCUGGGGCUGGUCCUCACCACUGAAGGGGGCAUGUACUGGCUGGUCCUUCUGGAUGACUACAGUGCCAGCUUCGGGCUGAUGGUGGUGGUGAUCACCACGUGCCUCGCCGUUACCCGGGUGUAUGGCAUUCAGAGGUUCUGCCGAGAUAUCCACAUGAUGCUGGGCUUCAAGCCGGGCCUCUACUUCAGGGCCUGCUGGCUGUUCCUGUCCCCAGCCACACUCUUGGCCCUACUGGUGUAUAGCAUUGUCAAGUACCAGCCCUCUGAGUAUGGCAACUACCGCUUCCCACCCUGGGCCGAGCUACUGGGCAUCCUGAUGGGCCUGCUGUCCUGCCUCAUGAUCCCUGCUGGCAUGCUGGUGGCGGUGCUUCGAGAGGAGGGCUCGCUCUGGGAGCGGCUCCAGCAAGCCAGCCGACCGGCCAUGGACUGGGGCCCAUCGCUGGAGGAGAACCGGACAGGCAUGUAUGUGGCCACGCUGGCAGGGAGCCAGUCACCCAAGCCGCUGAUGGUACACAUGCGCAAGUACGGGGGCAUUACCAGCUUCGAGAAUACGGCCAUCGAGGUGGACAGAGAGAUUGCUGAGGAAGAGGAGUCUAUGAUGUGAGGC